CACCGUCACCGUAUUUAUUUUUUAACGGCUGCGAAUAUACAAGUAUAGGAUUUAACGCCAUUCAGCCAGUCACUGUUCAGCCAACGCACGGUAGACAUUUGCGACGCGCACGCGAAUCGACGCGUGCAAUUCGAAUUUCAAAUCGCGAAAUUUAAAAAGUCAUACGUUCCAUUUCCCGCCUUCCAUUCAAAUAGUGCAAAUAUGCCUAAGAAAAAAUAGAACGAUAGCAUCAACUGAAGUUUUUUUUUUUAAAUUGUGAACUAAAUAGGUAAUGUGCUAAAGUUUAAACCGUCAAAUUGUGCUGAUGACAUUGCGGCCCGCAUAGUGCCGAUUGUAUCUGUGAUAAGAAGCGUUGUGAAACUUCCUAUUUUACGGUGUUGUCAAAACUUUUUUAACAUUUUGUGAAGUUUCGUGAACUUUUUCGCGAAACGCUGUAACAAACGAUCUUUAUGAUAGGUCCAUAUAUGAAGUGUCAACAUUUCUACCCCAAACAUUAUGAUUUACAAAUGGAUAUUAUGAUAAGAGUGAAGUGUUGUCAAGAAACUAAAAAUCCAAAGUGACGAAGUGGUGUGGUGUCUGUUCUGCUGCGUUCCGUUGCUCUCGUUCCUUAGCUGUAUCUAACCUUACUCCAAGAUGUCUGACAAGACGACAUCGUCUGUUGGCCCUAGAAGCUUUGAAACCAUCUCGGAAGAGGACGGCGAGUCGCCUUGGGAGAAACUCUUGGGAGAUGUGAAAUCUGCUGUUCCUACGAUAACAAAAACAAACGCAUCCAGUGGAACGAUUUCGAGAAGUGGUGAUGAGAUUGCCCUUCCUGCGGGGAUCGAUUUAGAAGCUAACAAGUUAACGCGUUCAAAAAGUCUGAAUCAACGAAGAAAUAGCAGUGGUCUUCUUAGUACAAUUCCUCGGCAGCUACGCCUGUCUCUCAGAGGUGUGCGGAGCGAGCCUUCCAGUGUCAAAGACGUUCCUACCCAUACUAGAAACGAUAGUGCCUUAAACCUUCUUCUUAGAUACCGUAAUGCCCGAUAUGCUGCAAGACGUGUCCGAAAGCGCGUCAUCUUCAAGCACGGCGACUGCAACGUCGUCCAAUGGAACGUGGCCAAGCGCAGGCGCCGAUACCUCCAGGACAUAUUCACUACCCUCGUGGACGCACAAUGGCGCUGGACGCUGCUCGUGUUCGCUCUCUCUUUCAUCCUCUCUUGGCUCCUCUUUGCCCUCAUCUGGUGGCUGAUCAUCUUCACCCACGGCGAUCUCACCCCUCCCGUAAACUCUUCCGAACCAUUCGUACCUUGUCUCAAUAACGUCAACUCCUUUACCGGUUGCUUCCUCUUCUCAGUUGAAACCCAACAUACUAUUGGAUAUGGAUCUCGAACUACCAAUGAAGAAUGUCCUGAAGCAAUAUUUGUCAUGUGCCUUCAAAGUAUUGUCGGUGUUUUUAUUCAAGCUUUUAUGGUGGGAAUAGUGUUCGCUAAAAUGUCUAGACCUAAAAAACGAACCCAGACCCUGCUUUAUUCCCGGAAUGCUGUGAUAUGCCUACGAGAAGGCCAACUCUGUCUCAUGUUCCGCGUGGGUGACAUGAGGAAAUCUCACAUAGUCGAAGCACACAUAAGAGCGCAAAUAAUUCGCCGCAAGAUUACAAGAGAGGGGGAGUUGUUGCCGUUUUAUCAACAAGAGUUGAAGGUUGGGGCUGACGGGGAGGAAGAUCGGUUGAUGUUCAUUUGGCCGAUGACAAUAGUGCACAAGAUCAAUGAGAAAUCGCCGUUAUACAACUUGUCUGCUUCGGAUAUGUUGAGAGAGAGAUUCGAGAUUGUUGUUAUGUUAGAGGGUGUCAUAGAGUCAACUGGGAUGACAACUCAGGCCAGAAGCAGCUACUUACCAUCCGAGAUCCAGUGGGGCCACCGUUUUGAAACCAUGGUGUCAUUCCGAAAAGAUACAGGGGAAUAUGAGGUGGAUUACACGCGAUUCAACAACACAUACGAGGUGGACACGCCGCUGUGUUCCGCUAAACAACUCGACGAGUUGCGAGCCACGGUCUCCACUUCGCAGAAACUGGAUCGUAUGCUAGGCACCAUUCCAAAAACAUUCUCGAAUGACACACUAGACAUGAGCUCUGUUGACUCAAUAUCCCUGGACGAGCAUAUUGAAAUCAAGAUUCCUGAAGCGAGAGUUAGAGAAAACCGACUCAUGGCUCAGAACAACUUCGUACAGAAUAUCAACGAAAAGCCAAGAAAUACGAGUCACACACACUUAGCAGUUGAAAACGGUCUAGAGAUAUUAAAUAAUAAUGCUCCAAUAACUGAUGUAAGGGAUAAGGAACACGGGCACAUGCACAGAAGUCACAGUCACGCCAGUAUGAAGAAGCAUCAUGGCCUAACUCCGAAUGGUAUUAACCAUGCGGGGAAUGGGCAUGAUCACCAUAAAAUCAUUAAAUCACCCAGCGAGAAUCACAUAACAGAGAAGAACGCAGCGGCUCCAGUCAUUCCCAUCCUCGUGACGUCAGCGGAGGCCGACGCCUGACGCGUGCGCGCUGCCCAGCCCGCGCGCUGCCCGGCGCGCCCGAGGACCUCACACGUGCGCUUCUGCGACCACCGCGCUGGUACUGUUGAAGUAGAUAACCACGCGAACCCUUGAAAUCGAUGGCUUUUAGCCCUUUUUCGUGGUUUAGUGACACAACAAAAUGUAUUUAAGUGUAUAUCUAUUAUGUCGUAGCUAGAACAUAGAAUUGUCCACUUCUUAAAAUGCCUGACUAUUUCAUGAAAAUAUGGUAGCUUGUGAAGAAGGUCUUGAAUGAAGCGAGCCUACGAGGCCGAAUAGAGCGAAGGAGAGGGGCGGAGAGCGAAACAAAACGGUGACCUCCGUAGCGAAACGAAGGUCAAAAUGAAAGGACAUCUUCUGGCGCAACCUAUUUAAAAUACUUAACACUCACUAAUGAAUUUCAUUUCAUGAAAUAGCCUAUUUCAUAUUUCAUGAAAUAGUCGAUUACUUUAUGACAUGAGCGAUUCUACUCGUACGAUUCGGCAUAACAUAAUGAUACUAUUAGUAGAUUAAUAAAUAAUUUAUGUGCCUUUGGCGAUUUAAAGAUAUUCAUAUUGUCAUUAUUUCAUAUUGAUGGGGACUAGAAAAUAUACCAAACUAUACCUGCCCUAAGCACCUUUAGCGGACCUACAAUAAGUGGGACUUUGAGUUUAUACUUACCUAUAUAAAAUUAUUUUCAUACAAGCUAUGAACAUUAAACUAUUAAAAUCUUUUAGGUCCAUCUUUAAAUUAGUAAAAGUUGUGAUAUAGAAAAUAUUAAAAUAGAAAUAAGCAUGCAUCUUAAAGAUUGACCAAUUGUAUAAGUUUGUUCAUUAGUAAUUCAAAGCAAACAGAUGUGCCAAAUUUUAUGCAUAUUAUUAUUACCUAAGAUCAAAGAUGAGUCAAAAUCCUUCCAGUAUUUUUAUGUGUCUCGUAUUUAUUUAGAAAUUUUCAAAUUUCAACAUUUUGUCAAAAGUGGGCGGGUGAUUGCAACUGAACUUUUGUACAAUUUUGUCUACUUCAACAAUGCGGUCUUAGAUACUUAGGCCAAGUAUUUAUUUAGAAUACAUAAUUUAGUGAAAUUAAAAGAUGGGGUGUUCAAAGAUCUAUCAGCUUUAAUUUAUUGGAGUCAUACUUCAUACCCUGUCUUAGUUUGUAAGAGUUAAACUUUAGCAGUCUCAUAAAAAAGAAAGUGCAUCUACGCAUUAAGACUUACACUUAUAACCAAUUUUUCCUUAACUGACAUAAAAGGUACUACUUUUGCUAUUUAGCCAUUGCAGUUUAGCCAUGUAUAGUUAUUAGGUAAUCAUUGUGGAACAAUAAUCCCCAAUACGCAUUUCCAGACAUUUCACGCGACGUCACUCUCGCGACCGGGCCUGUUUCGUCCGCACUAUACAGUCCGCAGUAGCCAGGGCAAAACACGGGCAACGCGACGUCGCGCGAUAUUUUGGGGGGCACGUUGCGUGGGCGAUUUAUCUCCUUAUGAAAACACUGCUAGCUCCGGUAUACGCUUAAACGAAGCAGAGCGGAGAUGCGUUCAAUCAUCCAAUCAAAUUUUUGAGAAAUGACGUGAUAUUUUCUCUUACGGUAUCUACUGAGAAAAUGAUUGUCACCUCCGCCUAUCUCCGCUAAGGAUACCGGACCUAAGCCAUGUAUUCAUUAGGCAACAAAUCGCCCUCGACUGUCUCCAGAUACAUCGCGCGACGUCGCGCGUCGCCAACUUUGCACAUGUCUGGCUGGCUGAAUUUUUAUUAUUUGCCAUCAUAGAGUCUGCAGUAUUAAGAACCUAAUUUGUGAAAAUUAUAUCUUGCUACCUAUCAUGGCUGAAGCUGUAAGCCUCUGCACGGACGGACGGACAGACAGCCAUAGACUUACUUACUUUACCCUUUGAAUACGGAAGCUUAAAAACCAUUUCCAUCGUUUCUCAGAGAAGGUUUCUGUGAUUUAUAAAUUACCGUUUUAAGUCAGUUUAGGAUAAAUAGAUAAUACUUACGUAGAUUGAAUUCAAAAUUGUAUAAUUUUCGUAGAUACUUACUUAGUUUAAGAGUAAGCCUGAAUUUGUAGUGUUUUCAUUUUAUUGAUGGGACCGUAGAAGUAUUGUUUUUCUAUCAAAAGUCAAACUAGAGAUAGAAAAUUUUCCAUUUAAAAGUUCAAUGUCGUGUAAAGGUUAAGUUUAAUGUUUAAUCGGAAUGACCGUGGCUUAACCGAGUUUCCUUAUAACAAAGUCAAACAUAACGGCCCCUGUUAUUAAGGUAGGUAGGUAUUUAAAAUUUUAUUGUACCAAAAGUCGUACCAGUUAUGUAUUGGACUAUGUAAUGUAUUAAAUGGAUAUGAUCCAAAUAUAUUUUAUAAAAAUAUGUACAAUCUACGUAAAUUGUUGUGAAUGUACAAAAUAUUUUGUAGUUUAGCUUCUUUAUACCAAUUUUAUAGAAUAAUCGUAAAAAUGCGACCCAGGCGAAAAGAAUUCUUUUAUUUUGAGAUAAUUUUUGACACCGUAUUUCCAGAUUGGAUGAAUUUUUCAAUUUUAGAAAAAGAUUUUCAUUGAAAAUGUUGGAAUAAAACUUACAGCUAGCAUACCUACCUAAAUUUUGUACAAACACAUUUCACGCGUUCCUUAAAAUUGAGGCACAGUCACGUCGAGUGAGUACUUACCUAUUUAUGAAUAGUUAAUUUUAAAGCCUGAGCAAUAUUUAUUCAUACUUUCCGUAGUAAACAUAUCUAAAUUACAUGCAACGUAGCCACUGAGGACUGCGGAAUAAACAUCUAUUUUCCUCUCAAAAUCUCAUAUUAGUAAAUUUUAUACCCAACUUAUUGAUGUAAGUAACUAAUUUAACAUUUAAGUAUUAGUUUUACUAAUGCUGUCAUUUAGUUAACUCAGGAUUGCAUGUAGUACCUAUUCACAGGUCAUUUUAUUUUUGAAUGCUUUGAUUUUUGUCUAGUCUAAACUCCUAGAGUACUUAUCUAGAAUUUUUGAAAUACUUAUAUAGAAUAACUAUGUAUUACCUAGACAGUCUCUUGUGAGAGAAUACAGUUUCCGAAUCCCGUGAAACGUAGGUAGAUUAAAGAAACAAUUUUUAUUUGGGUUGGAUUUAUUAAAAAAUCAAAAUGGAGAGGACGGAUAAAAAAUCAAAGAUGAUAUCAUAUAUUUUAUAAAUUAUCUUAAAUACAAUUUACAAAUAUAUAAAUGUAAGUACUAGAUCCCGCUUACAUUACCUAAUAUAAAGUAUCUGUUUGUAAACAAUUAUAAUUUUAUUUUUGUGUACUUAUAUUAACAUCGCCACGUGACGCUAUUAUAAAAUAAUUUUAUUUGGACCCUUAAUUUUUAUUAGACCGUUAGGUAUGUAUACUACUAGUAGUGUUUAUUCCUACCUAACGUCUGGCAGAUAUAGGAAUAAAAUAUUAUGAAGAAAUGUGUUACAAAUUACAAAUAAAGCAUUCAAAUAACGUGGCUGUUAAAGUUUUAAUUUUGAGUAAAAUGUCUGAGCAUCAAUCAGGGGCCGAAGCGGCGCGGGCGCCGCUGUUUUUAGUUCAAUGAAAAAUUAGGUCAUUAAUUAAUGAAUGAUUGAAAAUGAAAAGCUUAUCUCGCUGAUAUAUUAUAUAUUUUGUACUUAACUGUAUUAAAAUUAUGAUAUUCAUAAAU